AUGGAUGAACGUAAAAAAGAUGGGGUGAGUAACCAAGAUGAUCGUGGUAAGUCGUCGAUGCAGUUCAAGGGUAUUUCUACCCGUGGAGUUGGUAGUGAUGGUAAUAUGGUUCUGCCGAGAAGGGGUAUUGUCAUCAAUGAACCUAAGCCGAUUAAUGUUAUUGAUGAAUUAACCAAGGUUACGUUUCCGGUUCUGUUGGAAAAGCCGGUGAACCAAGGUCCGGAUUGUGGUUUUUCGAAUACAAUAAAGGAUGGGCAAGAUGGGGUCAAAGAGGUUAAUGCGGAUAAUGGCAGCUCUUCGAAAGCUAAAUCAUAUGCUGAUUCGUUACUUACUAACAAGAAUGUUAAGCUGAAUUUUCGUGCUCUUGCUAGUGAUAGUAUCCAUGAGGGGUGUGAUGUCGUUCUUCCAAGGGAAUCUGUGCGGGUAGUUCAAAACAAAAUGGCUAAUACCCUAUAUGGUUAUUUUCUGGGUGAUCGGGUAGCUUAUCCGGUUGUCGAUUAUUUUGUACGUAAUAACUGGAAGAAGUAUGGUGUCCAGAAAUCUAUGAUGAAUGCUAACGGGUUUUUUUUCUUCAAGUUCUCGGAUGAGGCAGGUAUGCUAAAUGCUUUGAAAGAUGGCCCAUGGAUUAUUCGGUCGCAACCUCUUUUUCUAGACAUUUGGAGCCCGACUUCAAAAUUGGAAAAAAAGGAAGUAAAGAAAGUGCAGAUUUGGGUUAAAAUUCAUGAUGUUCUGAUUGCGGCUUAUACGGAGGAUGGUCUAAGUAUGAUUGCAACUACAAUUGGGGAGCCGAAAGUCUUGGAUUCUUAUACGUCGUCGAUGUGUACGGAUAUGUGGGGAUGGAGUAGUUAUGCAAGAGCGUUAAUAGAAGUCUCGGCUGAGAAGAGCUUAAGGGAGAACAUUACGUUAGCGAUUCCUGAACCGGAGGGGGAGGGUUUUGUUAAGGAGUCGAUGUCGGUUAAGUAUGAAUGGUCCCCGUUGAGAUGCGGCCAUUGUUGUGUUUUUGGGCAUUCUAAUGAAACGUGUCCUAACCAACCUAAACAGCAGGGUAAUAUCCGUAAUGCUACUAGGGCUGGUAAGAAACCAGUGAUCGAUGAUGAGGGUUAUAUGGGUGUUCAUGGUAAGAAGGUUGCUAAGAAGACUGGUUUCCCGGUCAAUAAGCCGAAACCAAAGUUUGAAUAUCGGCCUGUUGCUUCUAAGAAGAAUCAUGUGUCGGGUAAUGGGUCGUCUGAGCCUAAGUUUCAAUCGGCUAAUCCGUUUGAUGUUCUAAAUGAUCCUAGUGUUAAUGAGGAAGAGGCGGGUAAUAAUUCGGGUGAGGUUCCUGUAGAUGAGGAGGAGAAUGAGGUGGAGGAUGGUUUUGUUGAUGGGGACGGGGGUUUGAACCGCCCCAUUAAGCAAGCUGAGGUUCGUCAAGUUAUUAAGGAUGUUAAUUUAAGCUUAUGUGCUGUUCUUGAGUCUCACAUUGAUCCGAGUAAUCUUUCUAAAAUUUGUAAGGCGGUCUUUCGGUCGUGGAGUUGGACGUCUAAUGGGGCUCUUUGUAAUAAAGGUACCAGAAUUAUCGUUGGUUGGAAUCCGUUAGUGUUUGAUGUUAUGGUGCUUUUUCAGUCGGAUCAGGUUAUGCAUUUGCAGCUGUUUUUUAAACAUGAGAAAAAAAUGUUGUUUUGUUCGAUUAUAUAUGCUGCAAACUAUUAUAUCUCUCGUAGGGAGUUAUGGAACCAUCUCGUUUUGCAUAAGGCGCUUGUCCGUAAUGAUCCGUGGGUUAUGCUAGGUGACUUUAAUUCAGCUUUGUACCUUGAAGAUAAAUCUAUGGGGUGUUCUUCGAUUUCGGCUAGCAUGAGAGACUUUCAAACGUGUGUUAAUGAUAUUGAGAUGCUGGAUCUGAAUCAGUCGGGUUUACAUUUUACGUGGAGUCAAAAGCCAAAGAAGGGAAUUGGUUUAAUGAAAAAGAUAGAUAGAGUCAUGGGGAAUUCUCAGUUUGUAACCCAAUUCCCGAAUGCUGUGGCUGUCUUCUGCCCAGCUCGGUUAUCGGAUCAUAGUCCGAGUAUUCUCAAAAUUCCGGUUGUUGGGAAAGUUAAACACAAGUCGUUCAAGUUUGCUAAUUUUCUUGUUCACAAACCAGAUUUUUUAGUCAUUGUGAAGCGUAUUUGGGAUACGGAUAUUAGAGGGGUGUAUCAAUUCUCGGUCGUGAAAAAACUUCGGAUGCUAAAGUCUCCUCUUCGAGUAUUACUCUUUCAGCAAGGUAAUUUGCACAAAAAAGUUCAAGAAUUACGUGAGAAACUUGAUCAGAUUCAGCGAGAGCUCGAUAGUAAUCCGGCUAGUUUGAUUAUUCGAGAGGAAGAAACUUCUACUCGUCGUUCUUAUCAGGAAGCUUUAUUGGAUGAAGAGCGGUUCUUGAAACAGAAAUCCAAGGUGGAUUGGUUGGCGGUUGGAGAUAUGAAUUCAGCUUUCUUCCACUCGUCCCUUAAAAAUAAAGUUCAUUAUAGUCGUAUCAAUGUUAUUCAGGACGCUAAUGGGAAGGUGUAUGAGGAUGAGCUUGUCCAGUUUGCGUUUGUUAAUCAUUACGAGAACUUUUUGGGUCACAAAGGUGACAUUUCGCUCAGUCCGGCUCCAGAUUUAUUUACAAACAAGCUGAAUAUUGAUGUUUCGGGUCAUAUGGUGCGUCCGGUUACGCCUGAUGAGGUUAAAGGGCGAUGUUCUCGAUUGGGUAAGCUUCUUAGGGAAUUGAACCACACGAUUCUUGUUCUUCUUCCCAAGACGUCUUCCCCGUCAGUGGUUACGGACUAUCGUCCGGUUGCUUGUUGCAAUGUAUUGUACAAAUGCAUUAGCAAGAUUGUAGCUGAUAGAAUAAAAGUGGGUUUGAAUGAUAUUGUUAGUGUCAACCAAUCAGCUUUUGUGCCAGGCAGGAGGAUAUCGGACAAUGUUUUACUUACACAAGAGUUGAUGCAUAACUAUCAUUGUAAUGUUGGCCCUCCGAAAUGUGCUUUCAAAGUGGAUAUUCAGAAGGCGUAUGACACUGUCGAUUGGAACUUUCUGAAGGGUAUUUUGUUUGGUUUCGGUUUUCAUCCUACAAUGGUUCAUUGGAUUAUGUUGUGUGUUUCCACUACAACGUAUUCGGUGUGUGUUAAUGGCGAGGUUCAUGGUUUCUUUAAGGGUAGCAGGGGAUUAAGGCAAGGUGAUCCGGUCUCUCCUUAUUUAUUUACUCUCGUCAUGGAAGUUCUUACGGCCAUUUUACAGCAUACGGUUAGGAUUGACAAUUCGUUUAAAUUUCAUAAUAAAUGCGAACGUCAACAGAUUAUCAACCUAUGUUUCGCUGAUGAUUUGUUUAUCUUCGCGAAGGGUGAGAUUGCUUCAGCUAGAUGUAUUAUGAAGGCUCUGGAUUCGUUUACUAAAAUGUCGGGUUUGUUGGCUAGUGUUCAGAAAAGUACUGUCUUUUUCUCGAAUGUGCCAUCUUAUGUGAAAUCUGCUAUUCUGAAUAUUAUGCCUUUUAAGGAGGGUUCGUUGCCUGUGAAAUACUUGGGAGUGCCCCUUAUUUCCUCCCGGUUGCUUCAUAAAGAUUGUUUUCUGUUAGUAGAGAAGCUAGAAAAACGUAUUUUGCAUUGGCGCAAUAAGCUUCUGUCUUCUGCAGGCAGAUUGCAACUUAUAAUUUCUGUCUUAUCUUCCAUGCAUAUUUGCUGGUCUUCUGUGUUUAUUUUUCCGAACCGGGAGAUUCAAAAGCUGGAGGCUUUGAUGCGGAAUUUUUUAUGGUCUCGUGAUAGUGCGUUUCAAAAAGGCCGGUCCAAAGUUUCGUGGAAAACGGUGUAUGUUCCUAAGUUUGAGGGUGGUUUAGGUAUUCGUCGGAUCAGUGAUGUUAAUUUAGCCCUGAUGACAACUCAUAUUUGGAGUAUUCUUUCGAGGCGUCAGUCCGUGUGGGUUGAGUGGGUUCACUCUUACAGGUUGAGAGGUAAGAGUUUUUGGGUUUGUAAAAUUCCGUCUAGCUGCUGCUGGUCUUGGAGAAAGCUUCUUCAGCUCCGGCCGAUUGUUAGGAAGUUUUUUUGGUCUGAUAUUGGGAAUGGUUCGGCUACUUCAGCUUGGCACGAUAAUUGGAGUGAGAUAGGGCCGCUGGAUCAGUAUCUUUCUCCCCGAAUGAUUGCUAACGCGGGAUUUAAUAUGGAGUUAAAGGUGUCUGAUGUCAAUUCCGAUAAUUCUUGGAGCUGGCCGGUUGCGUGGCGGGAUUUGUACCCGGUUCUUAUUCAGCUUGAUAGUGUGUCUUUGCAACCGAAUAAGUCUGAUAAAGUCUUGUGGCGUCAAGGAGAUCACAAACAUGUGUUUUCGUCGUCUAGAGCUUGGGAGUCGGUUCGGUAUCAUGCUGAGGAGGUGGAUUGGUGCCGUAUUGUGUGGUUUGGUCAGUGUAUUCCGCGACAUGCUUUUCUUUUAUGGCUUAUCAUGAGAAGGAAACUGCUUACUCAAGAUAAGAUUUUGAGCUGGGAUUUCUCGCGCAGGAAAAAUAUGAAUAUGGUGUGCUGUUUGUUAUGCUAUGCUAAUCAUGACUCUCAUAGUCACUUGUUUUUUGAAUGCAAAUUCUCGACGCAAGUGUGGCUGCUGGUUAGACAAAAAGCGGGUAUGGAUUCGGUGCAUGCUAAAUGGGAUGAUAUUGUUAACUGGUUACUUGAUCGGUCCAAUUCAAAAUUGGCGUCUGUUUACGUCGCUAAGCUGAUUGUGGCGGCUACGGCUUACUACAUUUGGCAGGAGCGAAAUGCUAGAUUAUUCAGGAACCAGGUGAGGCCUCCGGAAUCUCUAAGUGAUAUUAUUAUUCAACAAGUGCGGUACAAGCUGAUUGGAGCGAAGUUGAAAAAGUGUGAAAAUGUUCGUAGGCUUUUAAGGGCUUGGGAUAUUGAAGGCUCAGUUUUGCACGAUGAUGGUGGCUGA